CCUUUCCUCCUCAGGUCUGCAAACGAGUUCGAGAAAUCACAGCUAUUCAAAUUCUUCCGGCAGCUUUCAGUGAUCUUUCUCACACUCCCACUCUCCAUCAUGGACAUGAGAAAGAUCUCCUGCGCCAUAAUCGUUGCUGCUGCCACGGCGACGGCAGUCUUUGCUGCCGAGGAGAGCUUGGCCCCGGCGCCUGGGCCUGCCAUGCACAGUGGGUCCACCGCGGUCGCACCAGCCCUCGGGCUGGUCGGGGCCUCGAUCGUGUCCUUCUUUGCCUUUUACUUGCAGUAGGCCUCACAAGAAAAGGAAAUAAAGAAGACCCACAGGCGAGGAAUGAGAAGAGAGAUGAAUGGUGGUUGGAUUUGUCUUCUUAUAUUUCCUUUUUUUCUUUUGUUACAUUGGUUUGUAUCAUUCACCGUCGGAUCAGAUUCAUAUCCGUUUGUUUUGUGAUGAACGUGGAUACAAUAAAAAAGCCUUAUUCUAUAAAUUUAGUGUGUUUUGUUAAUAAGGAAAUCACCUACAACCACUUGCAUGGAAACUUCACAUGUAUCUUGGAUACCGUAACGGUCACUUCUGUAGGGCAUGCAUUCAAGUCGUUCAUAAGGUGGGACGCACCAUGAAUAACAUAACCAGGCUGGCAUGGAUCUGGGGUGCAUUUGAAGUCCACAUACAAUUUGUGGUAGACGAUAUCAUUCUAUAAUUUUCUUUCUUCCUUGCCAGGAAUCAUCUUCCCACCGUACAUGGGCUUUCAUUUUUGGUUAGUGGGGUCAUGUUUCGUAAGACGCGCACCACGAAUAUGAUGCUUUUUUUUUUUUUU